GGGCAGGUGCCCAGAAUUCACAGUCAUCUGGUGCCAAGAUGCAGUCCUCACUAAUAUAUUCACACACUUUCCUCUGUGUACUUGGAUGUCCGAGUAGAGUGUGUGACUCCCUGAGUGUUGGUUUGGUUCUUCCUGGAUUAUGUAAACCUGUGACUAUUGCCAAGAGCUGUCUAUGCCUGGAGCUGGUUCUUUCUCAUUGGCCGAACUUUGUUUCAUUUUGCUGGGAGGCGUAUCUUUCAAGUUGCGGGGCAGUGAUAAUUACAAGUACCUCCUAGGAGUUCAGUGACUCCACCAGCCAAGAUGACAGCAGACGAGUUGGUUUUCUUUGUGAAUGGCAAAAAGGUGGUGGAGAAGAAUGCAGACCCCGAAACAACUCUUCUGGUCUACCUGAGAAGAAAGUUGGGACUGAGUGGGACCAAGCUUGGCUGUGGAGAAGGUGGCUGCGGGGCAUGUACGGUGAUGAUCUCUAAGUAUGACCGUCUUCAGAACAAGAUCGUUCACUUUUCCGUCAAUGCCUGCCUGGCCCCCAUCUGCUCCUUGCAUCACGUUGCUGUGACAACUGUGGAAGGCAUAGGGAACACUCAGAAGCUGCAUCCCGUACAGGAAAGAAUUGCCAGAAGCCAUGGUUCCCAAUGUGGGUUCUACCCCGGUAUCGUCAUGAGCAUGUACACGCUGCUCCGAAACCAGCCCGAGCCCACCAUUGAGGAGAUCGAGAAUGCCUUCCAAGGAAACCUCUGCCGCUGUACAGGCUACAGACCCAUCCUCCAGGGAUUCCGGACCUUCGCCAGGGAUGGUGGGUGCUGUGGAGGAAGGGGAAACAACCCAAACUGCUGCAUGAACCAGAUGAGAGAUCAAAUGGUUGCUCCCUCACCAUCUUUAUUCAAACCAGAGGAUUUCAAACCCUUAGACCCCACCCAGGAGCCCAUCUUUCCCCCGGAGUUGCUGAGGCUGAAAGACACUCCCCAGAAGCAGCUGCGUUUUGAAGGGGAGCGUGUGACCUGGAUCCAGGCUUCAACCAUGGCGGAACUGCUCGACCUCAAAGCUCAGCACCCCGAUGCCAAGCUGGUGGUGGGGAACACGGAGAUAGGCAUUGAAAUGAAGUUUAAGAACAUGCUGUUUCCUCUGAUCGUCUGCCCAGCCUGGAUCCCUGAACUGAAUUCAGUGACGCAUGGGCCUGAGGGAAUCUCCUUUGGAGCCUCCUGCCCCCUUAGUUUGGUAGAAAAUGUCCUGGUGGAUGCAGUCACUAAUCUUCCAGAACAAAAGACAGAGGUGUUCAGAGGUGUCCUGGAGCAGCUGCGUUGGUUUGCUGGCAAGCAGGUCAAGUCCGUAGCGUCCAUCGGAGGGAACAUCAUCACCGCCAGCCCCAUCUCUGACCUCAACCCUGUGUUCAUGGCCAGUGGAGCCAAACUGACCCUUGUGUCUAGAGGUACCAAGAGAACUGUUCGGAUGGACCACACCUUCUUCCCGGGCUACAGAAGGACUCUGCUCAGUCCAGAGGAGAUACUGCUUUCCAUUGAGAUUCCCUACAGCAGGGAGGGUGAGUUUUUCUCAGCCUUCAAACAGGCCUCCCGGAGAGAAGAUGACAUCGCCAAGGUGACCAGCGGCAUGAGAGUCCUGUUCAAGCCAGGGACCACUGAGGUGCAGGAGCUGUCCCUUUGUUACGGAGGGAUGGCCGACAGAACCAUCUCAGCCCUCAAGACCACUCCGAGGCAGCUGGCCAAGUCCUGGAAUGAAGAGUUGCUGCAGGAUGUGUGUGCUGGCCUGGCAGAGGAGCUACAUCUGGCCCCCAACGCCCCGGGUGGUAUGGUGGAGUUCCGGCGCACCCUCACCCUCAGCUUCUUCUUUAAGUUCUACCUGACAGUACUCCAGAAGCUGGGCAAAGUGAACCCCGAGAAUGUGUGUGGUAAGCUGGACCCCACCUUCGCCAGCGCCACUCUGCUCUUUCAGAAGGACCCUCCAGCUAACGUCCAGCUCUUCCAAGAGGUGCCCAAGGAUCAGUCUGAGGAGGACAUGGUGGGCCGGCCCCUGCCUCACCUGGCCGCGGAAAUGCAGGCCUCGGGGCAGGCUGUGUACUGUGAUGACAUUCCCCGCUACGAGAACGAGCUGUCUCUCAGGCUGGUGACCAGCACCCGGGCCCACGCUAAAAUCACGUCCAUAGACACUUCCGAAGCCAAGAAGGUGCCAGGGUUUGUUUGCUUCCUCACCGAAGAAGACAUUCCUAGCAGUAAUGUAACUGGCAUUUUCAAUGAUGAGACUGUCUUUGCAAAGGAUAAGGUUACUUGUGUUGGGCACAUCAUUGGUGCUGUGGUCGCUGACACCCCAGAACAUGCCCAGAGAGCUGCUCGUGGGGUGAAAAUCACCUAUGAAGACCUACCAGCCAUUAUCACAAUUGAGGAUGCUGUAAAGAACAACUCCUUCUAUGGCCCCGAGAUAAAAAUCGAGAAAGGCGAUCUCAAGAAAGGCUUUUCUGAAGCUGACAAUGUGGUCUCAGGAGAACUGUAUAUCGGUGGCCAGGAGCACUUCUACCUGGAGACCAACUGCACCAUCGCUGUCCCAAAAGGCGAGGCGGGCGAGAUGGAGCUCUUUGUGGGGACGCAGAACACCAUGAAAACCCAGAGCUUUGUUGCAAAAAUGUUGGGCGUUCCAGAUAACCGGAUUGUAGUCCGAGUGAAGAGAAUGGGCGGAGGCUUCGGAGGGAAGGAGACUCGGAGCACCGUGGUGUCCACGGCAGUGGCCUUGGCUGCAUACAAGACCGGCCGCCCUGUACGCUGCAUGCUGGACCGUGAUGAGGACAUGCUGAUUACUGGUGGCCGACAUCCCUUCCUGGCCAAAUACAAGGUUGGCUUCAUGAAGACUGGGAAUGUAGUGGCUCUGGAGGUGGCUCACUUCAGCAACGGUGGGAACACGGAGGAUCUCUCUCGGAGUAUAAUGGAACGAGCCCUUUUCCACAUGGACAAUGCCUAUAAGAUACCCAACAUUCGGGGCACCGGGAGGAUUUGUAAGACCAAUCUGCCCUCCAACACAGCCUUCCGAGGCUUCGGGGGUCCUCAGGGGAUGCUAAUUGCAGAACACUGGAUGAGCGAGGUUGCCGUGACCUGUGGACUGCCUGCAGAGGAGGUACGGAGGAAGAACAUGUACAAAGAAGGGGACCUGACCCACUUCAACCAGAAGCUGGAGAUGUUCACCUUGCCCAGGUGCUGGGAUGAAUGCAUAGCAAGUUCUCAGUAUUUCGCUCGCAAAAUGGAAGUGGAGAAGUUCAACAAGGAGAAUUGUUGGAAAAAGAGAGGACUGUGUAUCAUCCCGACCAAGUUUGGAAUAAGCUUCACACUUCCUUUUCUGAACCAGGGAGGUGCCCUGGUCCACGUGUACACCGAUGGUUCUGUGCUGCUGACCCAUGGGGGUACUGAGAUGGGUCAAGGUCUUCACACCAAGAUGGUUCAGGUGGCCAGCAGAGCUCUGAAAAUCCCCACCUCCAAGAUUCACAUCAGCGAGACGAGCACUAACACCGUCCCCAACACCUCUCCCACGGCUGCCUCUGCAAGUGCGGAUAUCAACGGCCAGGCUGUCUAUGAAGCUUGCCAGACCAUACUGAAAAGACUGGAACCCUUCAAGAAAAAGAAACCCCAAGGCUCCUGGGAGGACUGGGUCAUGGAUGCCUACACGAGUGCAGUCAGCUUGUCUGCUACCGGAUUUUAUAAGACACCCAACCUUGGCUAUAGCUUUGAGACCAACUCCGGGAACCCCUUCCACUAUUUCAGUUAUGGGGUGGCUUGCUCCGAAGUGGAAAUUGACUGCUUAACGGGGGAUCAUAAGAAUCUCCGUACAGAUAUCGUCAUGGAUGUCGGUUCCAGCUUGAAUCCUGCUAUUGAUAUUGGACAGGUGGAAGGGGCAUUUGUCCAGGGCCUUGGUCUCUUCACUAUGGAGGAGCUGCACUACUCCCCCGAGGGGAGCCUGCAUACUCGUGGCCCCAGCACCUACAAGAUCCCUGCAUUUGGCAGCAUCCCCAUUGAGUUCAGAGUCUCCCUGCUCCGUGACUGCCCCAACAAGAAGGCAAUCUAUGCAUCCAAGGCUGUCGGGGAGCCGCCUCUUUUCCUGGCUUCGUCUAUCUUCUUUGCCAUCAAGGACGCCAUCCGUGCAGCUCGAGCUCAGCACGGAGGUGAUAACCCGAAACAGCUUUUCAAGCUAGACAGCCCCGCCACUCCGGAGAAGAUCCGAAAUGCUUGUGUGGACCAGUUCACCACCCUGUGUAUCACUGGAACAUCAGAAAACUGUAAGCCCUGGUCUGUGAGGGUCUGAAGAGCAAGUCCCCGGCAGUGUUUUGUACUGCAGUGGGGGCUUCCGUGGAGCUGGAAGCGCAAACUGUAAUAUCUGGAUUCCUACUUGCUGCCCGGGAGAGCUAUGAUUCAGCGGGAUGGCAUUUUUAAGAAGAUGGAAUGCAUUAAGACAAUUUUGGUCCGGAUAAAUGUUGCAAACAAAAUGAUAAUCAAAUGGAGAGAUGCUGGGCUUAAGCGGCAAAUAAGCAGCUUGGGUCAUCUUGAGUCCAUUUUUGGUGACGUGUUUGAAAUGGGCUUAGGAAGCCUUUGUGUUAUGUCCCUACUCAGGGAAUGGCCUGUGUAGCCAGGAUUCUCACACAGCUCCAGAAGCUUCUCUGGAUCCAAAUGCCUUCUUCAGAAAGCCUUUCUCCCAAACCAGUGAAUGCCACAUUGUAACCUCAGAUCCACAAUCGUAUUUUGCAGCAAGACAGUGGAGGGAGAUUAAAACCUCUAACUACUUUGGGUCAUGGAAGACAAUAAAGAAUGAAAUGAAUUUGAGGUUAGUUCUGGUAUUACUGAUUAUUAAAGUAAGAUUAUUCUCUGAUGUAAAA